AAGCCAAGCCCAGGUGGAAGAGAUCAUCAUAACAUUAAGAAUGAGGAUGACAAAAGAGAGUUCUUUGACUCUCCAGAAGAGCUGGAGCAAAAGAUUGAUCUUCUUGCAAAAUGGGUCAGGGAGAGUAAACACUGUGUUAUGUUCACAGGUGCAGGAAUCAGCACAAGUACAGGUAUCCCUGAUUUUCGAAGUGGCAUGAACACUGUUCUUAAGACAGGCCCUGGUUUAUGGGAGAUACAAGCUAAAGGUGUUGCUCGCCAGCCAGGUAAAGUAACUCCCAUGUUAAAGGCAAUACCUUCACCUUCCCACAUGGCCAUUGUGAAACUCCAUAAGGAAGGGUUGGUUAAACUCACUGUCAGCCAAAAUGUUGAUGGUCUCCACUUGCGCAGUGGCAUUCCCAGCGAUGAACUUGCUGAACUUCAUGGAAAUACCAACCUAGAAAAGUGUACUACUUGUGGUGCUAAAUAUUUGAGAGACUUUGACACAAGAACUGCCAGGAAAGUGCAUGACCACCUGACUGGAAGGUCCUGUGAUAAUAUCAAGUGCUGUGGACUUUUAGUAGACUCCAUUAUAAACUUUGGAGAGAGUCUGCCUGAUGAUGACCUGAUAAAGUCAUACCAAGAGGCUGAAAAGUCAGACUUAAUGAUUGUGCUUGGGUCCAGCCUUCAGGUUUAUCCAGCAGCAGACAUUCCAGCCACUGUCAUUCGCAGGAAACAGAAACUGGUGAUCUGCAAUUUGCAAAAGACACCACUCAGUUCACAGAGUUCCCUUCAAAUACACAGCCAGAUCGAUACAGUAAUGAGGGGGCUGAUGGAGAGACUUGGCUUGGAGAUUCCACCCUUCAGGGUUCAGCGUCGCUUUGCUGUUGAGACAAGUCAGGAUAAAAUGUUGAUUCAAGGCCUUGACAUACAAUGUAACACUCCAUAUUCUUUCUUAAAGCAAGUAUCUUUGCGUGUGUCGCAGGAGAUUGAAGGCACAAAGAAAAUUAUUGAUGAAAAAAUCCUUUCUAAGGAGCCUCUGGAAAUGUGUUUCAGGCAAAGCCUAAGUAUCUCAGAAACUACUCCAUUGAUUGCAGAGCUAGAGUUUGGUUUCCAGGGUCACUAUGGUGAACCAAGCAUGUCCUUUACUCAUUCUGUUACAAGCUUUGGAAAGGCUUUGUUUCAUGCAGAAUACAAUUUAAGUAAAGGGGAGUGGUCACUGAAAAAAAGAAUGAAAACGCUCUAAAACCACAGAUACACAUAAUACAUUGUACUUGUAUUUGUGCUUGAAGAUUUCUGUUUUGCUUACCUGUAGAAUGUCAUUUCUAUUUGAAAGUAAAUUUAGCAAUGGACAUGAUAAAAAAUUUUUUAAGUAACUUUCAAGGGUGUUGGAAAGUAUGCAGAUUCUGUUAUGAAUUAAUAUCCUGUGCUAAAAAUCUAUACCACCAUGUAAAUUGGAGUGUUUAUCUUUUUUUUCUCUUGAAGAAAAGGCUUUUUGAAUGAUAUCAGCUCCAAUCAUUAUUGGUCUUAAGGACAAUACUAUGUUUACAGAAGUAUACUGUAUUGUCUUAAGUGUAUCAGGUUACCAGUUCUUAAGCUCACUGACAGUUUGUAAAGCUCUGACAACUUUUAUAUUGUAUUAUAAAAAAGAUAUAUAUCAGUGGGCAUAUUUCCAUAUUUGUGAUAAAAAUCUAUGCAUUUUAAGCAUUUACCUUUGAAUAUGAUUAUCAGUAAUACAAAUUUGGGCUAAAGUCUAUUUUAUAUUUUUUCAUAUAUUGCAAGGUGUAACAUCCCCAUCUAACACUCAUAAUCUGUCUCACCCACCCUCCACCACAGGCUCAAUUAUCCUUACCCCUUUACCCUGGUAUUUGCCUGUGGUUCUACAAGGAUAGGAUUUUCCAAAAAUCCAAAACUAAUUGAUAAAGAUUUUUUGAAAACUUUUGAAGUUGUCAAGAACUCAAUUGUUAUUGGCACUUUUUCGUUUUGUUUAGUUUUGCAAGUUGUCUAAAAGCGUUGAACUCAAUCUGGUUUGUUGAUUUUUUAUCCCAACUCUUUUUUCGUUUUGUUUAGUCUUUUGCAUUCACACCAAAGCUUAAACAUUUUAAAAUUGUUUUGUUAAAAACAGUUGAAUUUUAAGAAAAUUUAACUGAAUUUGACUUGAAUAUGAUUUUUUAUCCCAACUUGAAUCAAUGGAAAAUCAAUUGUUGGAAUAAGAUUCUGAAAACCAGUUUAACAAAACAUGUGUUGAAUCCAGUCUUAGAUUGUAGUCGAUAAGCUGCGAAACUCCCUAAUAUUUCAUAGUCGUAGCAUAGAAACACAAGUUAAAAUUACGAAAUCCUUUUCAACGAAGUACAAGAUCAUCAUAAGGUAAGUUGUUGUUUUGUUCACAUCAUUUUCUGUCAUAGAAAUCGAACUAAUUGCGAGAUCUCUUUGUUUCUGUUGGCCUCUGGUAACCAUCGUUACAACUUUUAUAAUGCAACACAAACUUACUUUCAUGGAGAACUCUAAUACAUAUAAAGAAUAUUUUCAAGAAAUUACACCUGAAACAUAUUAUUUCUGUGAUGCAUUUGGUGAGAUCGAUGGUUUCGACGUAAGAAUUCUGGUGGCUUCGAAUUCAAAACAUACUCGGUCUUGUACGUAAUAUCGUGGUAACUCAACGUCUAUAUUAGAGAAUAUAAACAUUCUUGUGACACAAAUAUCAAAUAUUAGUUAAGUUUAAUUGAAACCGAAAUUAAAUUUUUGCUGUGUGGGUUGUAUAAACAACUAAGCAUCUAAUUUUGUCACAGGCUUUCGCUAUUCGGCUGGCGAUCUCUCCUUUUCUCAAUGUCGGUUGAGUCCAGUUCUAUACGAAAAUGUAUAAAAGUUCUUUUCGGGUUACCUUUUUUAAAAUGGGAAACAGAUGCAAUAUUUUAGUCAGGCCGGGAGCUUCGCAGAUAACACAAAAUUGGCGGGAAGUCCUGGGACAAUAAUACUAAUACCUAAUAAUACUUAAAACCUGUUUCGUCAGACAGAUUUUAAAAUGGUUACUCUAUAGGAGUUGCUUAGCUAAGCUAAUAAAAUGAAAAUACAGAUGAGAAAUCAAUUGAACUCUAUGUACUACAAUUGUUAGUUGGGUAAGGCAUGGAAAAAGUUUGGAGACAGGGUGUUAACAAUAACAUAAUGAUGAUGUCAUGGGCAACCUUCCUCAUUACCCGAAUCUCAAGAUCCCUGCAUGGAGUGGUUUGUAAUUAGUGGUUCGCAAUGAUUUGUUUAAUUCUGUUGAAAUUGCAACUUAAUAUUUAGCUUCUUUCUUUUUUCAUCAGCUCUGUCCAUGGCAGCAAAUUUCGCAUCAAAAUCCAAUUCAAAAGCAUCUGGAUCACACAUGGAAGCAAUGUUCGCCCAAGCUCAGAAAACCCAGGCGGCUCUUCAAGAAGACUACAAGAAUGCCCCUAUGACCACACCUAGCAAAGCUGGCUCAAAAGUUCCACAAGCAAGACAUGGGAAGGCAUCAGGCUUGAAACCAUCUUAUGGGUCUGCUGCUCCCAAACCAAAACCAAGAUCAAAUGCAAUAUCGAAUGAGUUUGAGAAGAAGGAGUAUUUUGAUGAAGAGGAUGUGCUGUCAGAAAAGAUUCAGGUUCUGGCACAAUGGAUUCGUGAGAGUCGAUACUGUAUUGUCUUCACAGGAGCUGGUAUCAGCACAAGCACUGGUAUUCCUGAUUUUAGGAGUGGUGUGAACACAGUUCUAACCACUGGCCCUGGGGUGUGGGAGCGCAAGGCUCACGGCAUCAAGUUACCCUCCCAGCAAAAAAAAGUGCAAAGUGUGUUAAAAGCUGUGCCAUCACCAUCACAUAUGGCAAUAGUUAAGCUUGUGAGGGAAGGCCUAGUAAAGUUUGUGGUCAGUCAAAAUACUGAUGGCCUGCACAGACGCUCAGGCCUUGAUCCCAAGUGCCUUGCUGAGCUGCAUGGUAAUACAAACAUGGAACAUUGUUUAAAGUGUGGGUCAAAGUUUAUGCGUGACUAUAGAACCCGCACAGCCAAAGCUGUACAUGACCAUUUGACAGGCCGUACCUGUGAUGACCCCAAAUGCCAUGGCCCCCUUGUGGACUCCAUAAUAAACUUUAAUGAAGAUCUGCCAGAGGAUGAACUAGACAGUGCAUUUGAAAAUGCAAAGCUUGCAGAUCUAUGCAUAGUUCUGGGUUCAAGCCUUAGGGUUUACCCGGCUGCGGACAUACCAGGGGACAUGAUCAAAAGAGGAGCUAAAGUGGUGAUUGUGAACCUCCAGAAAACACCUUUUAACAAAAGAUGUGCUUUGGAAGUUCACGCUACCAUUGACAUUGUUUUACUCAAACUUUUGAAAGAAUUUGGCCUUGACGUGCCACAGUUUCAGCUCAAACGAUGCUUCCAAGUUGAUGUCAGGAAUGACUCACUGUUGAUUCAGGGACUGGAUCCGGCCACAAAAACACCCUACUCAUUUUUAAAACAAGUGAAAAUAGAGAUUCCUCCUCUCAAAAAAGAUAUAGAGUUGAUGAAGGAGCCCUUUGAGGUCAAGUUCCCAAGGCAAGUAGUCCUGUCAAAGGAGAAUCCAAUGCCCAUAAGCCUUACACUUAGCUUUCAGGGCCAUUAUGGGGAACCUGAAUUAAGAAUUGAAAAGAAUAUUGAGAAAGUUGGACCAACUAUGUUCUUGCUUACUUUUGAUGUCACAACAGUUGAGUGGGAAAUGGAGGUCUUGGAGGAAUAA